AUGGAGGGUGAGAACAAUCACAACAAAGAAGGAUACUGCACAGUCAAAGUUUCUGAUAAGGCCCUCAAACUAAAAGUAGACACUGGGGCAAAAUGUAACGUAAUCUCACUAGACACUUACAGAAAGAUCGGCAACAACGAAACCCUAUUCAAGUCACAAAAACAGGUAAAUCUUGUUGCUUUCGGAGGCACGAAGAUCAAGACCACAGGCACAGUUACUCUCAAGUGCAAGCUAGCUGGACAGUUAUAUGACCUGCAAUUCCAAGUUGUAAAACACGAUGUGCAACCCAUCAUCGGAUUAAAGGACAGCGUGCGAAUGAAACUGGUUAGUUUCAGCAAGGAAGUCUACCAAGUUGACACAGAUCAGGAUGAGACACUAGCGCAGAAAGUGUUUCAUGAAUACACAGACCUGUUUAAAGAUGAAGUCGGUGACUUACCUAUAACUUACUCAAUGAAACUCACUCCAAACGUGUCACCUGUCGUCAACCCUCCAAGACGCAUUCCUGUUCCUAUGCAGAAAAGGGUUAAAGAGGAACUUCAAAGAAUGCAGGCCCUGGGAGUAAUUGAACCAGUGGAGGAGCCCACGGAAUGGGUAUCUAACAUGGUUGCAACACACAAAAAGAAUACAGAUGAUGUUCGUAUCUGCAUUGAUCCAAGGGAUCUGAACAAGGCACUAAUGCGACCUCACCAUCCCAUGCGAACUGUGGAGGAAGUAGCUGCUCAGAUGUCGGGAGCAACCAUCUUCUCAGUUCUGGAUGCAAAGAGCUCCUUCUGGCAAAUCAAACUAGAUCCUGCCUCAUCUCUUCUCACUACGUUUGCAACACCUUUCGGCAGAUUCAAAUUCCUGAGGAUGCCCUUUGGCAUCAACACCGCUUCUGAAGUCUUCCAGAGAGCCAUGGAACAAAUAUUCAUGGGAUAUCCAUGCGCAGUGAUAGUGGAUGACAUCAUAGUGGGAGGCAAAGGAAUAGAGGAGCAUGACAAAAAUUUAAAAAAGAUUCUGGAGCGAGCCAGACAAGUAAAACUCAAACUGAAUCCAAAAAAGUGCAAGUUCAGACUUAAAGAAGUGAGCUACGUGGGACACAUAUUCACUGACGAAGGACUAAAAGCAGAUCCAACUAAAAUCUCCGCAAUCAAUGAAAUGCCACCACCAGAGGACAAGACGUCUCUCCAACGUUUCCUGGGAAUGAUCAACUACCUGGGCAAGUUCAUCCCAAACUUAAGUGAACUGUCAGCACCACUUCGUCAGUUGCUUCACAAGGAUGUGGUGUGGAGCUGGACUCAACAUCAGCAGGAUGCUUUCAACAAACUUAAAGCAUGCCUCACUAGCCCACCAGUACUUCAAUACUAUGACAUGCACAAGCCAGUGACUCUCACAUGUGACGCUUCCCAGCAUGGUCUGGGGGCUGCAUGCCUUCAGGAUGACAAACCUGUGGCAUAUGCAUCAAGAACUUUAACUCCAACAGAGAGAAGGUACGCUCAGAUAGAGAAGGAGUUACUAGCUGUAGUGUUCGCAUGUUACAGGUUUUACGACUACAUCUACGGAAAGCCAGUGGUGAUUGAAACUGACCAUCAGCCUUUGGUCACAAUCCAAAACAAACCUUUCCACACGGUCCCGGCACGGCUACAGCGCAUGAUGCUACGAUUACAAAAGUUCAACUUGACUCUGGUGUACAAGAAAGGCAAACACCUUUACAUCGCAGACACACUCUCUCGCACACCAACGCUGGAUGAGCAACCUCUAAAGGAAGAGGGGCGCGACUUCGAGGUAAUGUCACUUCAGCUCAUCUCACCAAAACGCCUACAAGAGCUCACCGAACACACCUCGAAGGACGCUACCCUACAGACACUUGCUCGCUACAUCCAGCAGGGGUGGCCAAAACAAGCAAGUAGCGUGCCUAUAGAAAUAAAACCAUUCUUCAGCUACCACGAUGAACUAAUCAUCGACAACAAUGUCAUUAUGAAAGGCAACAGAGCCAUCGUUCCAGCAUCACUACAUGAAACCUAUCUGCAGGAACUACACAAGGGACAUCCAGGCAUGGAGUCUACAAAAAGGAGAGCAAGGGACAGCGUAUUCUGGCUGACAAUAAACUCUGACAUUGAGAACAAAGUCAAAUCAUGCAGCAUUCGCAACAGUCUAAAGCCUCACCAACAAAAACAACCCCUGAAACUACACCAAAUUCCUGAUCUUCCCUGGUCCAUCACAGCCACAGACUUAUUCGAAUGGGACAAUCGCCACUACCUUGUGCUCGUGGAUUCAUAUUCUGGAUGGUUUGAAAUAGAUAAACUUGAAAACCUAACAUCGGCCUCAGUCAUUAACAAACUCAAACACCACUUCUCAGUACAUGGGAUACCACAGAAACUGUACUCAGACAAUGGCACCCAGUUUAUCAGCCAGACCUUUCAGUUGAAUGAUGACCUUUACCCUCCUUCUGAGCUCUCAGCUUUUGGCUUAUUCUUCAGCCACUGA